UUGUCAGUUCCCCUCAAUUUCAUUUUUCCCCUUUACUUCUCCGUACCAUGGAACGCGUGCAGACGCCCCGUUGUAUUGACACCCUUGAAAACGCCGUUUCUUUCUUGUAUUGAUCGGGAUAGGUUUGUUUUGAUCUUAACUAGCUGCCCCAGAGACCCACCACACGUAAACUAGUCCUGAAGGGCGCCAAUAUGGGAGACUCUCUCGCUCAGAGACAUUCCGCUGCUCUGCAAAUCAUUGAGGAUUUGAGAUCGUUGCUCCAUGACGUAGAGCCACCAGGAGAUAUCUCGCGUGCUCAGGCGGAUUACGAUGCUGCAGAAGAGCGACACAGCCGUGAACAGAGUCCAGAGAGAAAAAGGGCUCUGUGUAGGGAACUGGUCCGGUAUGGGGAUCAUCUAGAAGAGGUCCAAGAGCAACAUAAGGCAGCCCAGGCAAAGCGCAAGGAACAGCUGGACCUCUUUGACUCCAGGUUAUCCAAAGAAGGCUAUCAGAAGCUAGCUACUCCGGCUUCCCUUGAUACUGGCACUGAUACCAAUCCCGGCCUCGAGAACGAUCAAGCAACCCACCAGACCUCUGAAACGCUGGGAAAUCUUGUCCAAACUCCAGACCUCGACUGUAUUCAACUUUCAGGCCUCUCCAACGAUCGAGCAACCCAUGAGACUACCGAAUCGCCGGGCAACCUUCCCCAAACCACCGUUAUUCCAGAAACGAUCGAGCCCAGAUCGACCCCCUCGCGUACACACAGCGCAACUCCGCCAAGGGGCUUCUCGACCGACGUCGAUCAGCAAGUGGGAAUUGAACCGACUGGCCAAAAAGCUCGGUCAAAUAAGAGACGUGACAAUACCUCCGUAUCUCGCCCUACGAAGCGCCAGCGACAGAGCGUCUCAAGUGACACCGUUACAGAAAAAACAAUUCCCUUUGGCGAGGUAUAUCAAGGUGGUAAAGCUCGAUGGAAAUACAGAAUUGUCAAGGUCGAUGAGCUUUACUAUGUUUUUGGAUGUAAGAAGCAUGAUAAGCACUUCUGCAAGGAGAACCCCCUUCAAGCUGCCAUGAGCCAUCUUAAAGGCAAAGGACACCCCAACAAGAGGUCGACCAUCACCCAGGCAUUUAGAUCGCUUGGGACCCAAGUUUUGGAGUGCAAUGACGAUGAUCUCAAGCUGAAUAACAAGGCUGCAGAUUGUUACCUAGCAGAGCAGGAGGAGAAAAAGGAGCGUCGCAAGGCUUCUACCAAGAACUUUGCACAUGCUCCCCAGACUGGUGAAAUAUAUAUGGCUUGGUUUGGUGACGACGAUAAGGGCCAUUGCCUCCACGCAUUUUUGGUCAUCCCGUUCUUUCCGCGGCCUGGCGAUGGUAUGGACAUACAAUCUGUUACGGAGUCAGACCUCAGGGUCGAUAUUCCCGCUUGCUACAAGCUCAAUGAGACCACUGGUGGGUAUGACUGGGCUGAGGGCUACGAGCAACAUGGAAAACAUGCGAAUUACAGGGAAUACCCAAUUAUGUGCUUAGCUGGGGAAAUCCCGCACAAGGUCGAUUGGCUCCCAGUGUGUCACUUUCGAAAGCUUAAUCUUGAAGACGAGGACCUUGAUGACAAGGACGUUAUCAAGGCGUAUAUCAGCAAAACCACGGCAGGCCUUGGAAACGAGGUUGAAGAUGAAUCUGAAGAUCUAUACGGAGACAGCAUUGCUGGCGACAACGAUGCACCAACCUCUAGCAGGCAUAGGCAGACUCCCAUCGGCAGGACAUAUGAGAACGUCAAUAUAGAUCAAAAUACCCAACCCAGGACAACAGCAGAGAACCAAGAGAGCAGGCCGCUUCGGCUGAACAUCCCGACGCGAGAGGUUAAGCCUGAACACGGAACUCAAGAUAAUAUAGGACGCGGAGAUGAGGCUACAAGUCCGGUGGACCAACCUACAUGUAUACGCCAGAUGUCUAUUCAGCGAAGAUGGCCAUUGGCACGCAAGAAUGCUCCUAACAUGGCCACUUUAAGUGACAGCGAGUGACGCCAAAGAACGGGUUCAUGUUCUAGCAUGGAUCCACCAACAACGACCGCAUCAUCGAAGCCAACUGAAGGAAAUGAGAUCUUAGAUUCUCUCAAGACAGUCUGCGGCCAAGUAUUAAGGGAGAUAGGCUUCUAGGAUAUGUCUCACAGCCAGAGCGGCGGAUUUGAGGAGGCUGGCUAAAAGUAGGCGAUCCCUGUGACGUGGAAGGAAUGGUGCAUCUGAUGAUGUGAACGGAUGACAAAGAGUUACUAUCUUUUGCUCUUUUCUUUUUAGUGUUCUUCUCGACGUGGUGCGCCACGCCUCUUCAUGUGGUCAAAGGUCAAUUCGUUGGUCUUCCUGUGCGGCCCUUUGUCUUUGGCGUGGGAGUUUUCCAUUGGAUGGGAGGGGUGUAUAGAUGAGCCCACGGAUAAAUAUAUUAUUCUCACGGUCUUAAGAAUAAAUGCCUAAAGUUUAAGCUGUGA